GUUUAGAACAAAUUUUAUUAAUUGAAAAAAGAAAAAAAAAAUAAGAGAGAAAAUGACAUCUCCUGAUUUAGAAAACUAGACUCAGUUGUGCACAAGAAUAAUAGAGUUGUAACAUUAAUCCCAUUUAGCCAAAACCUACCAUUUCUUCCCAAAGAAAAAAACCAGAGAAAUGGAAGAAACCAAAGCUCGUCAGCUUCAUGUCUUCUUCUUCCCUUUCAUGGCUCAAGGCCACACAAUGCCAACCAUGGACAUGGCCAAGCUCUUCGCUUCACGAGGAUUGAAAGCCACCAUUGUUACCACCUCUUACUACGCACAAAACUUCUCUAAAACAAUCGAGAAAAGCAGAGCCUUUUUGGGCACCCAAGUCGAAGUUCUUACAAUUAAAAUUCCCUGCAGCGAGGUCGGACUGCCUGAAGGGAUAGAGAGCGUUCACAUGGUCUCUUCGCCCGAAAAUAGACUGAAAUUCUUCGAAGCUUGCGGCAAGCUUCGACCCCAACUCGACCAUCUUCUAAAACGACACCGUCCCGAUUGCCUUGUGGCCGAUACGUUCUUCCCUUGGGCCCCAAACGUGGCUGCCGAAUCUGGGAUCCCCACUCUUAUAUUCCAUUCCACCGGUUACUUCUCCUUGUGCGCUUCUCUUUGCGUGUUUCUGUACAGACCCCAAACGAAGGUGUCCUCUGAUUCCGAGCCUUUUAUCAUUCCCAAUCUACCGGACCAGAUCGAGCUCACGAGAGACAAACUACCCGUUGACUUUUUGAGAGAAGAUUUGGAGACCGAGUUUUCUAGUUUGUACAAAGCGACUAGAAAAAUGGAAAUGGGGGGUAGCUAUGGGGUUCUGGUGAACAGCUUCUACGAGCUGGAAUCUGCUUAUGUUGAUCAUUAUAGGAAGGUUUUGGGGGUUAAGUCAUGGCAAAUAGGCCCGCUUUGCUUAUACAACAAAAGGGCUCGUGAGGCUGAAAGCUCUGUUGACAGACACGAGUGCUUGAAAUGGCUCGAUUCCAAGACACCCAACUCGGUCAUUUAUAUGAGUUUUGGAAGUGUAGCAAACUUCAACGAUGAACAACUCAUGGAGAUCGCAACAGGGCUUGAGGCUUCUGGGAAACUGUUCAUUUGGGUGGUGAAAAGGGAGAAAAAAGAAGGGGUUAAAGAAGAGUGGUUACCAGAAGGAUUUGAGGGGAGAAUGAAAGGAAGGGGACUCAUAGUAAGAGGAUGGGUACCACAAGUUUCGAUUCUCGAACAUGUAGCAGUCGGAGGAUUCAUGACACAUUGUGGUUGGAAUUCGACGCUUGAAGGAGUGUCUGCCGGGGUACCGAUGGUCACAUGGCCUAUUGCAGCGGAGCAGUUUUACAAUGAGAAGUUAGUGACUCAAGUACUCAGAGUUGGAGUAGAGGUUAGUGCAAAGAAAUUUGUGAGAAUGGUUGGGGACAAUGUGAAGAGAGAAGCUAUAGAGAAAGCUGUGAGGAGGGUUAUGGAGGGAGAAGAGGCAGAGCAAAUGAGAAGCAGAGUCAAGGGACUUGCAGAGUUGGCCAAGAGAGCUGUUGAAGAAGGUGGAUCUUCUUGUUUGGAUCUAAAUAAGCUGAUUGAAGAACUAACACAGCACCGCAGUAAUUCAAGCUAGUAAUGAUAAAAGGGGUUUAAGAUAUUUAGAGGUAAAAUGAGCUUUUCCCAGAUUUAUUUUGCUAGUUAAGUUCAUUUUAUACAUAUUUCAUCUGUGAAAUCACAGUUUUGUUCCUUUUGUUUUCUUGUCAAAUACGUGUUCUGCAUCUAGCCAUACCAGUAAAGGACCUGAGUAUGAAUAGAAGUAAAAUUCAGUACAGUUCAUUCCACCUUUCAAAGAUGACCUAAAAAAGAAAAUGAAAUAUAUGUGUGUUCUCUUGGUCGUUUGAAAUGAAGUAGAUUGACCCUAGUUGCAACGAAGGGGCACAAAGCUAGUUUAAGCUAAUCCUUUGUGAGAAGUGGCUGCAAUUAUUUUCUUGCAGGCCCUAGAAAAAGAUGAAAUGCAUAAUUAUUGCAUUAUUAUCUUUUGUUCAUUUCUCUGUUAAAUAGUGAUAUUUGAAAAGCUACAAUGCUACUUCCCAAUCCAAUAA